AUGCCGUGGUUUCCUUUACAUGGACGUUUAUUGCUUGUAGCUUUGUUUACGUUCCAGGAAUGGGGUUCAAUUGGAAACAAUGAUUGCGAAUAUCAUUCCUUGCCUAGGAAGGAAAACGUAAGUGAUGUCCUUAAACAUGAAAACUUCGUACAAUACGACUCGAAAAUUUCACGGCGUGUGCAAACGAAAUUAUUUGCGGAAUUAGAGAAAGACCCAUUUCAGCAAUGGACUUACAGUUCAAGAUGGAAAGAAAUGGGCGACUUGAAACUAAACCGUGAAUUAAUGUCAAAAGCAAUUCAAAUUGGUCAUUCUGACCGUUUGAAGAACGUGCUUAUCAAAGCGUUGAAAGGUCAGCAAAUCAACAUUGCAGUCAUCGGAGGCUCGAAUAGCGCGGGAGGAAAAUUGGGAAUAGACGAAAAAACUUUGGAUGGAUUGUUUUACAAAGUGUUUGCAGACUGGUGGAACAAAACCAUUGGUAAAGUUACAAAGUCUCUCAUGAAAAGUUACCAGGUUGCCAUUGGAGGAACUGGGAGUUACUUCUUCGCCUUUUGCUACAAGACCUUUAUGCCAGCUAAUCAGACAAUGGACCUCGCUAUCAUUGAUGCCUCUAUUAAUUUCAAUUUGAGAGGAAAAGUUGAAGCCUUUGAAGAAUUAACUCGUCAAGUUCUUCGAUACCCUUCAAUGCCCGCGGUUUUAUACAUUAGUCUUGUGAGCGGCCUCGGUGUAGAUCCAAAAACCGAAAAAGUUAUAAACCCAACAUGUAUUAACUUAGAAAAUUAUGGCCAAACUGAAGUGGCGCGACACUAUAGUAUAACCUCUUUCAGUUUGAAGGAAGUUCUCUGCCGCAAGGAAGACGGUCAGUGGAAAGCAGUCAUAACCAAUAUGGCCGGUAGUGAUGGCCGCCAUGUUGGUGUCAAGGCGCAUGCGCUUGUUUCCAUGUUAAUGAUUGACUACGUUCGCGGGGUUUUUAAUCAGGUUUUGAAUGACAUAAGCGAUGGAAAUAUAAACUAUCAUUUUAGGCCUUUACCAGAAUUGUUAUCACUAAAACGAGACACUGAAGUUCUAAAACAACCGCUUUGCUGGACCGGGGUUACACCAAAUAUUUUCCAGGAUCUUCAUCGCCCCAAUGUGCAAAUUCAAAUCACACAGAACAAUGGAUUUUCAGCAUACGGGAGUUUGCGCGAUGGAAGACAUUCAGAGGGGAAAACAAACACAGACUUGCGCACAGAUGCGCAAGGGGGGUGGGGUACGUGGCAGCGCUACAGUAGCGUCAAGUUUCGUUUUUACACUCCCAUUGCUAGCUCUUCUUACAAGACCAGCUCUGUGAUAAUUCUAACGAGAACAUCUGGCAGUGGCGGAAAGGCCGAGGUAUGGCUGGAUGACGAGAAGACCAAAAGGAUUUAUAUCGACUCAAAGUCGAUCUACGGACAGAAUCGAUUGAAUACUGUUGCCACGAGGGUAGAGUCGGGAUACCAUACCAUUACGGUUAGAACAGUUCGCACAGGGAGUUUCCUAGUGAGUGGAGUUCUGAUCGGGCCGCCAGACUUUGAAAGACGAGAAGUUUUAUAAACACCUUUGGACUAUGCAUAAAAGUGCAUUUGCUUAAUUCGUAUACAGUCCAAUGAAUAGCCAUUGUGCUAUAUGACAUUAGUUAAGGAGAACUCAUCCACAAGCCUCUAAGCAUUAUAUCUUUCUCCAAUUUUUGCUGGCUUUAUGUGGUUUCACAAAGGAAUUCUUGUGACCUCAGUAUUUUCCAAUACUUUCUCAUAAAGAUG